AUGAACGCGCUGCGCCACACCAUUGACCCCCUGGUGAGGACGCCGCCGCAGUUGAUGGCUGCUCCCUGCCCUUCGCCAUCCCGGCAUCCCCCCUUCCCCGACCGCCAACGGCCCGCCAUCGCAUCAUGGCUCAAGCGCAGCGUGGCUCGCCCCCUGGCCUGCCAGGCGGUGCCGCAAGACAUCGCAUCGGCGGCGUCGGCCAAGCUGAUCUCCGAGCAGGAGAUCCCGGCGUUCAUCCCCAGGACGGACAUCAUGACGCAGCUGUACCGGUGGGCGAACAUCGAGGGCGGCACCAACGGGGUGCAGAAUUUUGGGGCCAACAUGGUGGUGACGCCGUACUACAUAGAGGACAUCGAGGGCGGGGAGGAGGGGGAAGAGAGAAGGAGCCUGUGGGGAUUCGACGUGGAUCUGAUGGACGACGGCGCGAUGGUGUGCAAGGUGGGCGUUCGGAUGGACACGCUGAAUGUGGAGAAGCCGAACUUCAUUGGGAUCGGCGAGGACGGAUUCCCGGUGAACGAGGGCGGCGUCACGAGCGUUCUGGGCAAGAACUUGCAGAUCUGGAAAGUGGGGGAUGAGACUGUGACAGACUCCAUUCGGGAAGUGCUUCGUCUGUUCUGCACUUCUUUGAUGCAAUCUGUCAACAAGUACUAUGCAUUCGGCUCGCCCUUCACCGACGAGCUUUGA